AUGUCAGAGUUUCUGAGGGACUGUGCAGAGAGAAUUACAGUUCUUGGUACUAUUCAGAGAAGAGUUAUGAAUAGGUUUCAUCGCUUGAUGGUAUAUCUGGGGUGCCCUACACAUGUCAUACAGGAUACUAAAGUCCAGAAUUUCUGUAAAACUAUCAGUGAAUUUGCUUUAGAGUACAGAACAACAAGAGAAAGAGUCUUACAGCAGAUUGAAAAAAAGGUCAAUCACAGAGAGAGAAACAAGACUCGAGGCAAGAUGAUCACGGAUAUGGAAAAGUUUAAAACAAAGGAACAGCAGGCUGAUCAUGAACUUCGUCAACUGCUUGGAAAUGGAAAAAACAAUGAAGUCCAGAAGUUACAGAAGAAGGGAACUAUACCUGGAGCUAGAGGGCGACCAAAGGGCCAUCCUG